CUUACGUCACCCCCAGCUUGAAAGUGGCGCUGGAGAAAACGUGCUGCGUGGGGUAGUUUCAACGGUUUACAGUCCAAAGUUGACCCACUGCCUUUUCCUUUCACAGAAGCUCGCAAGCCAAGUCGCUGUUCGUCUGUGGUCAAACAUGGUUACUAGCGAACCUGAAGUGGACUGAAAGUACAUUAAUCUAGCGAGCAGCGCGGAGACCGGGGGACGUAUCGCUACAACGGGCCGACCUGCUCAAGCGAAAACUUCCGUUUCAAAAGCACUGUCGUCCAAUCAGCAAUCUCUCAGCCGUCUGAUGUUCAACAUGGUGUUCACAUCCAAUGUCUCUGAGGGUCCGUUAUUCUGCCCACUGCUGAAGCGGAUGAGAGAAGACAAUAUAAACAACACACAAGUCAACAUGGUUGUGAUUUCCAUCCAUGGCAUCUUCUCCUUCCUGGGAAUUUUGGAAAAUGCCUUGAUCAUUUGGGUUUUGGGAUUUCGCCUCAGGCAUCGAACCGUGGCCUCCAUUUGGAUGCUUAACCUGGCCCUGUCUGACUUCCUGGCCACCCUGACCCUACCGUUCUUCACUUUCUACUUUUUUUACUCCCAAAGCUGGGAGUUCGGACAACCACUCUGCAUAGUACAAACUUCCAUAUUUUUCUUCAACAUGUUUGUUUCAGCCUUCCUGCUGGCAGCCAUUUCAUUGGACCGUCUGCUUCUAGUUUCCAACCCAGUGUGGAGUAUGAAUCACAGGUCGGCAGAGGGAGCUUGGAAGGUGUGCGCACUUGGCUGGCUGUGGGCAGCGAUAAAUACCAUACCUUACUCCGUAUUCUUUUCAGUGAUUGUGAAGACUGAUGGGAGGAAGUUAUGCUACCAUAAUUUUGCUUUGUAUUUAUCCAGUAAAGAUUCAUUAGAAAUGGACUGUAAUCUGAGGCAGGGGGCAACAGCCAUCUCCAAGUUACUGUUAGCUUUCUUCUUCCCUCUAGUCAUCAUUGCAGGGAGCUACAUCACAAUUGCCCUAAGCCUGAGAAACAGAUUCAGAAGGACAAAGCAGAGUACCGGCAGACUGGCUAAUAUGCUGUCUCUGCGUAGCUAUGAUGCACAUUCAAGAAGGGUUAAAACAAAUGGCGUCAAGUCUUUGACUUCUGGUUCCUCAUCUAACUCCACAUUAAACAACUCGUCUCCUGUCAUCUGCAGUCCAUCAUGUCAGAGGCUGUUGUCUCAAAGUUUUACCAAAAUGGUGACAUCUGUGAUUGCAGCAUUUGUGCUCUGCUGGGCUCCUUAUCACAUCUUCUGCAUCCUAGAAAUGACAGCCCAGUAUAAUGGAAAAAUAUACAAAUUAGUGCAAGAGGGCCUUCCAGUGUCUGCAACGUUUGCUUUUCUGAAUCCAGUUUUCAACCCCGUCUUGUACGCCUUCAGCUGCCCCGACUUCUGCGUGAGAAUACGACAGAGUCUGGGAGCAGUGUUUGAUGGACUCGUGGAGGAGGGUGGACUGAUGACUCCGGGUAGGAACCUGCAAGCUUACAUGAGGCGGAGUAGUACCAGAGAUGUGAGCUGUGCACAACCAGGGUCACCAAAGUCACCAAAGUCUUCAUCCUAACAGUCUCCUGGUGCACAACUACCAUUUCCUCUACUCUCUAAAGACCUUGGAGGCAGUCAAACAGAUCAAACAGGACAAUAAGUUGAAAAUGGGAUGGUGUCUAGCUAAAACAUCACUCUCUUCUUUGAGAUUAUACUUUUGUCGUACAUAUCAUACUGUCCUCAUUGUGAUACUAAGGAUGAAUCCAAUUUUACACCUUAUCUGCAAAGAAUAAAAAGCUUGCUUAACAUG